AUGACCAGAAAAGAUGGUUCCUAUCGUAAUAGCUCCGCUACGAGCUCAAGCACUGGGAGUUGGAAAUCUACUGAUACGAUAAAAGGCCCUGGCUCCUCAUACUUUCAGGGUUCAUCAACGAAGAGAGGAGCCCCAAUGCAGGUGAAGACGGAUAGAACGAGUAGGGUAGAAAAUGAUGCUCAAGUUUCGCCGACAUCUGCAGGACCUCGAAACACAAUAUCUCCAUCUUCAUCGAUAUCUCCUAAUGUAUCCCCACGGGAGCAAAGAAUGGCCGCCGACUUCGGCAAUUAUCGACGUGAUCUCGCAGUCCUCGAAACAUCUGGCGGGCGCAUUCCUCAAAUCCACCAUAAUCCACCAACAGCGAUAGCCUCUACAAACCCAAUUACUCCGUGGAUGUCUACUGGAAGCAGCGCGACAGGUUCACCAAAUGGCUUUACGAGCUUUUAUAAUGAUUCGAGCGAUGCGUUGUCGCAAGCUUCACAGUUGUCGCCGAUUGCGAGGCCCGGAACAGCAGUAACGGGACACACAAAUACGAGCGAGUCGCCUGCAGAUGCAUUCUUUGGCGAUGGUGAUGAAAGAAGACCAUCCGUGGCGAGUAUAACGACAGCGAGUAGUACUGGUUCAAAAUCUAGUCUCGGUAGGGCGGUGGGUGGGCUUCAUAAAAAGUUGACAAGUUUCUUUGGUGAGGACCUUCCAAGUUCAUCCGAGACGAGCCUUCCGUCGCAGGGAAAGGAGGAUAUAACUCUGUAUGGAGAAGCACCUGUGCGAGAGAAUCUUUCCGGCCCUGAUAGAGAACGCUACAUAAAUGAUAGUUCAGACAAACCACCCAAAACUUCAUCGUCUGCUAAAUCUCACCACCUCCCUGGACAUCAUCUACGUAAUCGAAGCAAUGAUGACACUAGAUCCUUACGACCGACCGUAAGUAGAGAGGAGUCUGCAUUCAGCAUGCGCUUCAAGGACCGAAAUAACAAUCCUAUGGGCACCGCCGCGGCGAAUGCUUCCAACCCUAAUCUUCAACGACCAAAGAGCCCAACACCGAGUGGCAUGAGUACGUGGAGUCAAACAACGAAGGGUGGUAAUAGCGAUGGUCCGUCAUCGCCCAGAGACAACAAUAAUGGUACGAAAAGGAGUCUUCUGAACUUGACUGGUCGAUUCAAAAGGCACAAGGACAAAGAUCACACCCCAUCGCGCUUGAAAGAAACACCAGCAGCCAGUCGGGCACCUAUCAAUGGAUCUUCAAAGCAAGAUGCAGGAAAGAUAUAUGAAUCACCGGACCUUGCAAAAUAUAGCCAAGAUGGAAGUAUUACUGGAUCAGAGCUCAAUCUACCGAGCCAGUCUACCAAUGGCAAUGCUCGCCCGCCGGGUGGACGACAAGGCACCUUCCCGAAGCUACCAUUUCGGAAAGGCCGAGGAAACAAAGGCGCGGAGGAUUCAGAUCAAUUAUAUGAUACAUCAGAUCGCAGUGGAGAUAAUGUACACCACCUGGAUACCAAUCUAUCGAAUAUGGAAGGGAUCUUGACGAAGCCGCCACCUCUAACUCCACUUGAUAACAGCAUUUUUAACGGAGAGGAGGACGAAGGAAAGGAAGAGACCGAAAGUUUAGGUGGACUCGGGUGGAACGCACCAGACAGUUGGGCUGUAAAAAAGAUUGACGACGACAAUAUGUCGCGGCUCCCUGAGAUUGACGAAGCAGGUAUCCCUCAGAAGGCCGAAGAAAAAGCAAAUCCUUAUUGCAUAAGGAUAUUCAAAGCGGAUGGGACUUUUGCUACGUUGUCGACAUCGCUCAACACUACCGUCACCGAACUGCUGGCUCAGCUUAACAAGAAGACUUACCAGGCUGACAGUCUCGACAACUACCAGAUUGUGAUGAAGAAACAUGACUUGCAACGAAUCCUUGCUCCUGGAGAACGCCCACUUGUUAUACAGAGGAGGCUCUUGGAGCAAGCAGGAUAUCAGCCUGAAGAUCGAAUUGAAGAUGUGGGAAGGGAAGACAACAGUUACCUCUGCAGAUUUUCCUUUCUCCCGGCGAGGCAAGGCGGUUACGCAUCCGUGUCAAACGACAAUGGGCUUGGCCGAGUCCAGAAAUUUAGUCAUGUGGAUUUAUCGGGAAAGAACCUUAUCACUAUUCCGAUUGCACUAUAUUCCAAGACUUCAGAAAUGAUCUCGCUCAAUUUGUCGCGGAACUUGUCCCUCGAUCUGCCAAAGGACUUCAUUUCUUCAUGCGUCAAUCUAAGAGAAAUCAAGUUCCUCAGCAAUGAAGCGUGGAAGCUUCCAGCUAGUCUCAGUCGAGCUAAUCGCCUCACAAUCCUUGAUGUUUCCAAUAAUCGACUCGAGCAGUUGGAGCAUGCCGAACUAUCGAGACUGCAAGGCCUCAUUAGUUUGAAGCUUGCGAACAACCGACUGAAAAGUCUGCCUUCAUAUUUUGGGAUGUACAGAUCAAUGAGAACCUUAAAUCUCUCAUCAAAUUUUCUAGAAGAGUUUCCGGAAUUCCUUUGCAACAUGACUGCUUUGAUCGAUAUCGAUAUGAGUUUUAACGGAAUAUCGAAUCUCCCCAACGAGAUCGGUAAGCUAAAGCAUCUGGAAAGAUUCGUCAUCACGAACAACAGACUGAAGGGCUCACUUCCAAACACUUUUGGAGAACUUGUGAACCUCAAAGAAGUUGACGUUCGCUACAACAUGCUUUCGAGUAUUGACAUCAUUGCAACUCUUCCCAAGGUUGAACAGAUUUCCGCCGAUCACAAUUCAGUCUCUGUUUGCGAAUGUGAAUUUGCCAAAAUUCGAAUCCUUCGAUUGAACUCGAAUCCCGUGACCAAAUUCGAGAUCAAAAAUUUGGUCCCCACCUUAACAACCCUUAAUCUAUCUAACGCAAAAUUGGCACAAAUUCCCGACGCUGCCUUUGACAAGAUGCCGAAUCUCAACAAGCUCGUACUAGACAUAAACCACUUCGUCUCACUGCCCGCGCAAAUUGGCAAGUUACGCAAACUCGAAUAUUUUAGUAUAGCGCGAAAUGCUUUGAGCAGUCUUCCAGCGGAACUUGGGUGCUUGACAGAGCUUCGAUAUCUUGAUAUAAGACAAAAUAACCUCAAGAAACUUCCCAUGGAAAUAUGGUGGGCGAAUAAGUUAGAGUUCCUCAAUGUAUCUUCUAAUGUCUUGGACAAUUUCCCAAAACCAGGUUCAAGGCCUCCGCAGCCACCUGGCGACGUUGGUUCCACAAAUAGCAAUAAUACUGGUGCAAAUUCACAAAAUUCAAGUUUUGAAGAGCUAGGACCUCUGGACUUUGCACAUAGACGACCGAGCCAGGCGUCCAGUGGGCUUCUCAGCGUGGGCAGCUCCCCGGUCCCUGAUGCUAGGAAAGGGUCUGUCGUGUCUGUUUACGGUAAAGGAGGGCGCAAAACUUCAGUAGUCUCGAGGAGUACUUCCGCAAGCACAAUUAAUCACCAAACACCUACAAACAUCCGUAAGGAUUCUGGAUUAUCGGCUAAACUUAUCAAUACAUUCGCUGGAUCAUUAAAAAUUCUUCACCUGGCCGACAAUGGACUUGAUGACGAUGUUUUCGAUGAAAUCACUCUCCUCAGCGAACUACGAGUACUAAACCUCUCUUACAAUGAUCUUAACGACAUGCCAUCGAGGUCUAUCAAGAGCUGGCCACAGCUGGUUGAGCUUUAUUUAUCCGGAAACGAGCUCACCUCCCUUCCUUCUGAUGAUUUUGAGGAGUUCAGUCUCUUACAGGUCUUGCACAUUAAUGGCAACAAAUUCCAGACCCUACCUGCGGAGCUUGGAAAAGCACAUCGUUUGCAGGUUCUGGAUUGUGGUAGCAACUCCUUGAAAUACAAUGUCUCGAAUUGGCCUUAUGAUUGGAACUGGAAUUGGAAUACUAACUUGAAAUACCUCAACCUUUCUGGUAAUAAACGUCUAGAGAUCAAGCCGUCCUUGCCGGGAAGUGCAGCUGCUCGAGAUGGUCGUGAUCUUACGGAUUUUAGCGCAUUGCAGAACCUGCGAAUAUUGGGUCUCAUGGAUGUAACCUUGACUAUUCCAUCCAUUCCUGAUCAAACUGAAGAUCGAAGAGUUCGUACUUCAGGUUCUCUUGCAGGCCAGCUGGCAUAUGGUAUGGCAGACAGUCUAGGAAAGAAUGAACACUUGUCCAUCAUUGAUAUGGUUGUACCUCGUUUCAAUUCUACUGAGACUGAAACCUUGUUGGGUAUGUUCGAUGGUCAGGCGCUGUCGAGUGGAGGUUCAAAGAUUGCCAAAUACCUCCAUGAGAACUUUGGCCACAUCUUCAGCGAGGAACUAAAGAGACUGAACGCUUUAAAUAACGAGACUCCCAAGGAUGCGCUGAGGCGGGCUUUCCUGUCACUCAACAAAGAUCUAGCCACUGCUGCAACUCAAAAUACAGAAGAAAGAUCCCUGCUUUCGCAUCGAGGAUCAGCUACGCCAGCAGUCCUCAGCCAAGCGGAUCUUAUCUCCGGUGGUGUGGCUACUGUGAUGUUUUUGCAACAAUCUGAGCUCUACGUUGCCAACGUUGGAGACGCUCAAGCCAUGCUCAUUCAUGAGAAAGAUGGACAUCGAAUAUUGACCCGGAAACAUGACCCAGCCGAACCAAACGAAAGGCAGCGCAUCAGAGAUGCAGGGGGCUGGGUCUCAAGGCAGGGAAAGUUGAACGAUGUUCUCGAGGUGUCCCGUGCCUUCGGAUAUGUCCAACUCAUGCCAGCUGUUCAAGCUGCCCCUAAUGUGGAGCAUAUCACUAUCAAGGAGCAAGAUGAGAUGGUACUGAUCGCUUCAAGGGAACUUUGGGAGUACUUGUCUCCUGAACUGGUUGUUGAUAUCGCCAGGUAUGAAAAACAUGACCUGAUGAGGGCCGCACAAAGGCUUCGAGAUCUUGCUAUUGCCUUUGGCGCCUCUGGAAAGAUAAUGGUUAUGAUGAUGGGUGUUAGUGAUUUAAAGAAGCGUGCCCAAAUACGACCACACCGUGUUCAAAGUCUAUCAUUCAAUCCAAAUAUGAUGAUGGAAGACGGAUAUGUACCUUCCAAGAGACCUAAGAAGAAGACCGAUGACGUCGACGAUUCAAUGCUUCGAAGAUUACAAGCCGAAGUCCAAGCACCUGUAGGAGACAUUGGUAUUGUUUUCACUGAUAUCAAGAGCUCUACGGCGCUCUGGGAAACCUAUCCUAGCGCUAUGCGAUCAGCAAUCAAACUUCACAAUGAAGUCAUGCGUCGCCAAUUGCGGAUUAUUGGUGGCUACGAGGUCAAGACAGAAGGAGAUGCUUUCAUGGUAUCAUUUCCUACUGCUACAUCUGCUCUUCUUUGGUGUUUUGCUGUGCAAUCAGCGUUGCUUGAAGUCAAUUGGCCCGCCGAAGUCAUAACUAGCAACAUGGGACACGAGGUCUAUGACAGCAAUAAAAAUCUGAUUUUCAAAGGUCUAAGCGUCAGGAUGGGUGCUCAUUGGGGUCGUCCAGUGUGUGAAAAUGAUCCAGUGACAAGACGUAUGGACUACUUUGGUCCUAUGGUUAACCGUACUGCUCGUAUUUCUGCCGUCGCCGAUGGUGGUCAAAUCACCGUCUCAGCUGAUUUUAUAUCAGAGAUCCAGCGAUGUCUCGAGACAUACAGUGAAAGCGACCGCUCAGGGUCCACGGGCUCGGAAGAUGCUUUCGACAGCGACUUUAUCAGUCAUUCAAUUCGCCGUGAGCUUCGCUCACUCAGCAGUCAAGGAUUUGAAGUCAAGGAUAUAGGGGAGAGAAAGCUCAAAGGAUUGGAGAAUCCAGAAUAUAUCUACCUCAUGUAUCCACAUGCCCUUGCUGGCAGAAUUCAAUUUCAACGGAGCUUGGAAAGUGGUGAGGCAGCCGUUGUUGAGGAGGAGCCUGCCACUCUUGCUCGCGAUUCGGAACUGAGCAUUGACACCGAGAAUGUUUGGGAUAUAUGGAGGCUCAGUCUAAGGUUGGAGAUGUUGUGCUCAACUCUAGAAGAACCCCGAGGUUCUGCUCUACAGCCUCCUGAAACAGCAAUGCUUGAGAAGAUGAGGAAUAGAGGUGGAGAGGUAUCGGAUCGUUUCUUGCUGAGUUUCUUGACCCAUCAAGUUUCGAGGAUUGAGACAUGCACCGCAGCACUCGCUACCCGUCAUUUAGUAAUUGGACAAUCACUGAUCUCAGACCUCGAUCAACUACGUGCACCAAUGGCAGGUAUUAUUGAAGGUCUUGCCGCUGAUUUGCAAGAAUUACAAAAAUAUAGAGCUAUGUACGGACCCUUGGAACCUUUGGAACCCUUGGAGCCCUCUGUAUACGAAUAUGAGGACGAGGACGAAUCCGAGGAUUUAUAA